AGCGCCGCGUUGGGUACGGAUGCGCUCGGAGGAUGGAGCCGGGGGCCCCGGUGUGGCCGUUGCUACGCGGGGUCCGAGCGGGAGGGAGAAACCAUCAUCCGCAGAAAGCCAGUUCCGCCGGGAGUCUCCGCGGCGGGAGGCCGAAGCGCCGCUGGCCUCCUCCUCCGGCUGUGGGAGCGGCGCAGGCAAACCUCGCGAGGAAAAGAGGACGGUCCUGAGCAAAGUGGUCAUCCGGCGGCUUCCGCCCAGCCUCACCAAGGAGCAGCUGGAACAGCAGCUGCACCCACUGCCUGCACACGAUUACUUCGAGUUCUUCACUGCUGAUGUCAGUCUUUACCCUCAUCUCUACUCAAGAGCAUACAUUAACUUUAGAAAUCCAGAUGACAUCCUUCUUUUUAGAGAUCGUUUUGAUGGAUAUAUCUUCAUUGAUAGUAAAGGGCUGGAAUAUCCUGCAGUGGUAGAAUUUGCUCCAUUCCAGAAGAUAGCCAAAAAGAAGCUAAAGAAGAAAGAUGCCAAAACGGGAAGCAUUGACGACGACCCAGAGUACAAGAAAUUUUUGGAAACUUACUGUGUGGAGGAGGAGAAAACUAGUGUCAGUCCUGAAACUCUUCUGGGAGACAUAGAGGCAAAGACACGAGAACUUAUUGCUAGAAGAACCACACCUCUCUUGGAAUAUAUUAAAAACAGAAAAUUAGAGAAGCAGCGAAUUCGAGAAGAAAAGCGAGAGGAGCGGAGGAGGAGGGAGCUGGAAAAGAAGCGCCUACGGGAAGAAGAGAGGCGGAGGCGGCGUGAGGAGGAGAGGUGCAGGAGGAGAGCAGCAGAGAAGCAGAAGAAGACGGCGGAGAAGGAGGCAAGGGUGAAGCUUCUCAAAAAACCAGAAAAGGGAGAGGAGCCGAGCACCGAGAAACCAAAAGGAAGAGUGGAGGAGGCUGAGCCUGGAGAUGGGAGGUGGGAGCCCUGUCCUUGUGGGGUGGUCCUGAAGCCCCAGCCCUCAGAGGGCUUGCUGGAGGAGCUCCGGGAGAGGUCACAGAAUGACAGUGAUAAAGAGCAAAGGGAUAAGGAGAGAAGAUCCCGAGAAAAAGAGCUUGAAGCACAACGAUGCCACUUGGAUGACAGGAGACACAGAGCCCGCUACGAGCUGGAAGAAUGUUCGGGAAGAAAUGGAGAAGAGCUGGCGAGCGGGAAGGGGUCGGCCGCAGACAGAGGGAGGAGAGGGAGCCAGGAGAGGGGCUGCCCUGUGGAAGCGGCAGAGAGGCCGGGCAGGGAGAAGAGUGAAGACCGGCCGGCACCCAGAAAGGAGCGCACGGGGAGCAAGGACCGGCCAGGCUUGCAGCUAUACCAGCCCAGAGCUCGCAUCCGAGCCCGUGACUGUGAUGGAAGACACCCUGAGGAGGGCCGCGACGGGAGGAGGGGUGAGGCGGAAGACUCAACGGUGGCUUUAGCUGAGAAGAGCGAAGAGGCAGUGUGGGGUGACAUGCAUGUUGGUGACGUGGGUGGGGGCUCCCCACCUCAACACUCUGUGGAUUCGAGAGGGCGUUCCUUCCGGAAGUGUAUAAAUUAAAUUAGCCUGGGAUAAAACCUGCACGCUGAAUUUACUAACGAAGAAAUGAGAAGCCAGAACUGUAGAGGUGGCAUAGAAAGACAAGAAACCAUUCUUAAGUGAUUGAACAGCUACAGAGUUUCCCGUUUCUGUUAUAAACUGGUACAUAUGAUUUAACCAGAACCAAAAGGAAACUAGUAUUGUGUGAAUUCUGAAGCACUUCCAACAUGCUGCAGGAGUAACGUGGACCCUGAGUUUCACUUCCCUAAGUGAAUGGCCUGCAUCUCGCGCCUCUGUCGGUUCCCUGUGAGCUGUAGGUCUGGGGAGCGAGCAGCUCUCACUCCCUGUAUCUCUGCCAAUUCAGUCAUUCAUGUCCCUCCUUUCGUCAGGACUCACUAAGGCUGUGGUGCUGUUGUCCCUCUGAUAGGAACCCUGACUCUGUAUGAGCCCCAAAGGUCUGACUGUCGCCCUUUUAACAAUAUGGCCACAGAAGUGACAAAAACAGUUCCAGUCUUUUGAUGGAGUGCUCAUGGUUUAUAACAUAAAUGGCAUUAUUUUGAGGGAUAACUUAGGUAUGGCAUGGGGUUUUUUUCCUUUUUGCAGCCUGAGGCAGUUGUAAAAUAACCUAAUGUAGCUUUUUGCAACUGUGUAUUCUAUAGUAUUUUUUCUUUUGGUGAAAUUUUAAAUGUUAAUGUUUUUGGCACUGUGCU